CGUCAGCAGUGCCACGUCACAGUGCCACGUAAGCAACAGUGCCACGUGAGCAGUGCCCCGCCACCAUGACGGGCGCAGCUCUGGGCAUGCCAGGCCAACUAGCCAACGAGUCUAUUGCCGACUACAAACAGCGGUUCCAGACUCAGCUCGCACUGAUCGAGGCUGAGGAACAGCGCCAGCUGGCAGCCGAGGCUGCCCGCCUACCGGCUGAAGCAGCGGCAGCAGCUGAGAAGCAGCGGCUCCAAGCCGAAGCUGAAGCAGAUACCCAGGCACGCCACAAGGAAGCCCAGGAUCUGCUGCAGCGGCACGAAGCCGCCAGCAUCGAAAGACUCAAGUUAUGGCACUUUCAACCGUCCAACGGCGACAACGCGACACCGGAGGAGCAGCACAAGGAGUUCACGGCCAAGCUCAUGACCAAGAUGGUCUACUCUAUUAACCUUCUGCAGUCUGAGCUGGCAAAUCUCCAGCGGGCCAUGAGGACCUACAAGGCCCAGCACGAGGAUGCGACACGGGCACUUGAUUCCCGUAUGCACGACCUGGAGCAAGCUGCACCAGGACCGCAGGCUGGCGAGUCCAGCAGCGCACCCUCGAACCGCGAACUGGAGGAACGCGUUGACCGCGUAGUGGCAAUGCUUGGUGACAUCAGUACCUUCACAGCGGCAGCCACCAUCAGCCAGCGGCUCAACGAUCUGGAUGCCAAGUUCGGGCAGCAACCGCAGCCAUCUGAGCACAGCACCAACAACAGCUCGGCGAAGCCGUACAAGAUGCCGACGUUUCGGAUCGAGAAGUUUGACGACUACACUCAUCAGGACCCAGUCGUCUGGUGGCAAGGAUUUACGACGGAGUUGGGGAUUCAUGAGGUUCCCAACCAUCUGUUCAUCAGUGCGUUGUUCCUCAACACCAAGGGAGGAUGCCAGAUCUGGCUCAGCCACAUGGCAAACAUCCACGGCGUCCAGGUUUCGGACCUGUACAAGACGGUCCCUUGGGAGGUCAUGACGAAGGAGUGGAAGAAGCGGCUCAUAGUGGACGACGCACCUGCGCUCGCCAUCAACCGCAUCUUCGCGAUGGCUCAAGGGAGCACACCGACACGUGACUGGCUCAAGGAUUGGCAGAAGAUCGUGGCCACGCCCAAUCUGGACUUACCGUUCACACAUUUGCGCCUACCAACUCCGUUGAUGGACGCCGGAGUAGAGGUUGUCGACCUUCACGCCUACAUUGCGAAGAUCGACCGCGAGUUCAAGACACAACGAAACGCCGCCCCUCUUCCACGCAUCCACGACCUUCUCGAACGGCUGGGCGGCACCAAGUUCUUCUCCAAGCUGGACCUCAAGUCGGGAUAUCACCAACUCGAGAUUCGGAAGGAGGACCGCUACAAGACCACGUUUAAGACGCGAUAUGGGCAUUUCGAAUGGCUGGUUAUGCCAUUUGGCCUUACGAAUGCCCCGACCACUUUCCAAGCGGCUAUGACAACGGAGUUCCGACACAUGCUGGAUCGAUUCGUACUUAUCUACCUCGACGACAUCCUGGUGUACAGCCGGAGUUUGGACGAGCAUGUGGAACACCUGCGCACCGUUUUGGAGCAGCUACGACAAGCCAAGUACAAAGCCAACCGCGACAAAUGCGAAUUCGCGCGGCAGGAGCUGGAGUACUUGGGACAUUAUGUGACGCCGCAAGGCAUCCGUCCGCUGGCGGACAAGAUCGAGGCCCUCCGCGUAUGGCCCGAGCCCACCAACACCACGGACGUUCGUUCAUUCAUGGGGUUGGCGGGCUACUAUCAGCGAUUCAUCACCGGAUACUCAAGGAUUGUUGCACCUAUGACGAGAUUACAAUCGCCAAAGGUGCCAUUCGUAUUCGAUGACAAAGCACGCCAGUCAUUCCAAGCACUUAAGACGGCCAUGCUCAUGGUACCCGUCCUUAGCAUCUAUGACCCCACCCUGCCUACGAGAGUGACAACUGAUGCUUCCGGCUAUGGCAUUGGGGCAGUCUUGGAACAACACGACGGCGACGACUGGCACCCUGUGGAGUAUUUCAGCCACAAAGUGUCUCCCAUCAACUCACUUGAUGAUGCAAGGAAGAAGGAGUUGCUCGCGUUCGUGAUGGCUCUCAAGCGAUGGCGGCACUUCCUCCUUGGGCGUCGUAGGUUCACAUGGGUUACGGACAACAACCCACUGACUUACUACAAGACGCAGGAUACUGUGAGCAGCACGAUCGGACGAUGGAUGUACUUUAUCGACCAAUUUGACUUCACACCGAAACAUAUUCCCGGCCUCUCCAAUCGCGCAGCAGAUGCACUCUCGCGAAGACCUGAUCUUUGCGCUAUGACACAUCAUGCCUUCGCAUUCGACGAGGAACUUCAGCGACACUUCAUCCGGGGAUAUGAGUCGGAUCCGGACUUCGCCACGUUGUAUGCGCAGCUAUCUUCGGAUCACCCGCCGGCCAGCCACUAUCGCAUUUCCGACGGGUACUUGCUCCGCCACUCGAGAGGCAAGGACUUAUUGUGUGUCCCACGAGACCGUCGUCUUCGGACUCGCCUUCUCAGUGAGUAUCAUGACUCGCGACUCGCCGGCCAUUUCGGAGUCAACCGCACAAUUGCAUGGCUUCGACAACGAUUCCGAUGGCCCGACCUCAUUACCGAUGUCACUCGGUAUUGCGACUCUUGCGAAGUUUGCCGACGAAGCAAGCCCCGCAAUCGCAACCCCUACGGCGAGUUGCGCCCGAUGCCUAUCCCACGGGAACCCGGCCUCUCCAUUGUCAUGGAUGUCACCGGACCAUUCCCCCGCGAUCGCCUCGGGCACGACGGCAUCCUCACGGUUGUGGACCGUUUGAGUAAGUAUGCGCAUUUUCUCCCUUGCAAGUACUACUCCACGGCUCCCGAGCUGGCACGCCUCUUGCACACCGGUUGGAUUUGUGGCCACGGUGUACCGGAAGACAUAGUCAGCGACCGCGACACUAGCUUCAUAUCGGCAUUUUGGACUGCUCUCAUGCAGGAGUCCGACACGAAGAUGAAACCAAGUUCGGCUCGGCAUCCACAAACGGACGGGCAAAUGGAGCGGGCACAUCAAACCGCUCAAAUGAUGCUUCGUACGCUCAUCCGUCCGGACCAGAAAGAUUGGGUUGACCGCCUCCCCGACAUCGAGUUCGCCUACAACACUUCGGUGCACCCGAUGAUCGGCGUGACUCCAUUCAAGUUGCACCACGGUGGACGGAAAGGCCGUAUCUUCGUCGACCUUCUCCUCCCACGACCAGCCAACAUCGACGCCGCUUGCUCUCCCGCUUCCGUUCGGAAGUACAGGGAAUUGCUGGCUCAAGCCCGCGCGAACAUGCAAAAGGCUCAAGUCCGCAUGCAGCAGCAAGCCAACAGGCGUCGCGUGCCAUGUCCCAUCYGCGCCGGUGAUCUGGUUUGGGUCUCCGCGGAAGAGUUUGCACUGGAACAGGACGUUUCACGCAAACUGCUUCCCAAGUGGUUUGGACCAUGGCCCGUAACAGCAGCCGCGGGCGAUGAGCCCGAUGGCCCUUCAUUUGUGAUCAACAUCCCCGCGCAUCUGACGGUCCAUCCAGUCUUUCAUGCCUCGAAGCUGCCGACAUAUACACCAGCUAAGAGUGACGAUUUCCCGGGCCGACGAUCGCAGGACCCUCCAUCUAUGGAUGGUCAUCAGGAGGUUGACCUCAUCAUCACGGAUCUCAAGUGCGGCAACAAGCCUCGACAGUACAAAGUUACAUUCAGAGCAUGCGAUCUCGACGACACUCGGUGGAUUUCAGGAACAGAUUUGAAAGCAUCCGCACCGCUGAUCUACGCUCACUAAGAGCGACAAAGGUUAGCUCAGGGACCUUCACGACCUGCCCCUCCCACCCGGACUGUGGUCCCUCCCUCAAACAGACAGCUUCACCCU